CCUGAUGCACACCGCAGAUCCUUACAGUACUCCUCUGCGAGCUCUUGCUGUGAUCGUUCAAUCCCCACUCCAUCUAUCUGAAUCGAAUUCCGUCAGGUCAGUCUGCAGGCCGGCUCCGAUCAGCCAUGGCGAACGCGGCGUCCGGGGUGGCGGUGGCCGAGGAGUGCACGGCGCGGUUCCAGGAGCUGCGCACGGCGCGCGCGCACCGCUUCGUGGUGUUCAAGAUCGACGACUCCCUGGAGCAGGUGGUGGUCGACAAGGUGGGCGCCCGGGACGCCGGCUUCGACGACCUCACCGCCAGCCUCCCCGCCGACGGCUGCCGCUACGCCGUCUACGACCACGACUUCACCGUCGGCGACGCCACCGCGCAGGGCGCCGCGGGCGAGGCGCCCCGCAGCAAGAUCUUCUUCGUGUCGUGGUCCCCGGCGACGGCGGACGUGAAGAGCAAGAUGGUGUACGCGAGCUCCUGCGAGGGGUUCAAGAAGGAGCUGGACGGCGUGCAGAUCGACCUGCAGGCCACGGAGCCCAGCGAGCUCACCCUCGACGUCCUAAACGACCACGUCUCCUAAAUCCUAAUAUCCAUUCUCCCGUAACAACGUACACGUACGCCUACUUGUGUACGGCGUACGUUACAAUGUACGUACGGGUUGCCUGGGUCUUGCGCUGUCGUGUUCGGAUUGUUUCCUGUGGACGUGUCCCUGUUGCUGUUACGUGCACGAAUAAAUUGACCGAUGGGUGAUGGUCCGGCUUGGCUUUUACCCGAUCAAA